AUGGCCAAGGAAUUGAAUCUGUCUGACGCCGCCGUGUCUCAAAAACUUACACACAAAGUCCCUCUUCCCACUGACAAUCUGCCUACAAUGGCACAAUCUGCCAAGCCAAAGAGCUCAACCUCUGAAGCCACCAAGACACCAGUCAAGAGACAAACCCUCAAAAGAUGCACCGAAAGUGAUGAGGAGAGCAUGGAUGAUCUGAUCAAUGAAUCUACCAAGCCCAAACCUCCUGCCAGUGAAACUAUCAAACCCAAGGCUGCCACUACCAAAAAGCAAGUCACUGAAGAACCUAUCAAUAUUGACGACGACGAUGAGGAGGAGAGUGAAGAGGACGAAGAAAAUCAGGAAGAUGAAGACGAUCAAGAAGACAGUGAUGACGAGCAAACUAAUACCAAGAAGCCCGUCAAGGUAACUUCUUCAGCCAUCAAGAAACAAUCCUCUAGCAAGAAGGCAACCCGCAAGAGGGCCCACGACAGUGAUGAUGACGACGAUGGUGUGGAUCUGACAAGCAAACCCAAGAAACUCAAAGGCCAGGCACUUGCUCAAUACAAUGAGAACGACGACUCUGAAGACGAUAUCAUCGACGUAACCCUUAAGUCCACAAAAUCCAAGGCCAAGGNCUACCCAGAAGCAACCUGUCAAAGCCACAAUCCCCUCUCUUACUAA